UAACGUAUCGACAUGUAUUUUAUAUCGACCUAUGUACUUAUAAUGUUCCGGGACUGUUUAGAAACUCACAUGCAGAGUUGUUCUUUUUAACGUUUCGUGUCUGUUCUGCAUCUGUAAAGUCAGCAAACUUUUGUGUUCGCGUGUCAUGGUCAAAUGAAUAAGGCGUAAGAUAGGCUGCCUUCCGAAUAUUGACGAAUAUGUAUUUGGAAGGUAUACGAAUAUAUUUACUUAUCUUGUAAGGGUGUUUGAACUGCACCGCAAGGCGCGAGAAUGCUGCCUGCCUUCACGAGCCUCAGACACUUCGCCACAAACACGAUGAGGAGAGCAGCGUCUGAGUUCAGAAUGACCGUCCCGUGGGGAGAGAUGAGAGGUCAGGUUUGGGGUCCUUCUAAUGGUCGUCCCGUGCUGUGCUUGCACGGUUGGUCUGACAACAGCGGGACUUUCAAUAAUCUGAUCCCGCUGCUUCCUAAAGACUGCAGAUUUGUAGCCAUUGACUUUCCAGGUCAUGGUUUCUCAUCUCAUAGGCCCGAUGGAUGCUUUUACACCUUCCCUUUGUACGUGGCAGAUGUGCGACGAGUUGUAGAAGCUCUUCAGUGGAAGCGAUUCUCUAUCAUUGGACAUAGUAUGGGUGGGAAUGUGGCAGGAAUGUUUACUGCUUUGUACCCAGAGAUGGUUGAUGCCAUAGUUCUCCUGGAUACUUAUGGAUUCCUCCCAACACAAGUGACGGACAUGUAUGAGAACAUGAGGAAAGGGAUAAAUGAUCAACUUCAAUACGACAACAAGACGGAGGAUAGGAAAGAGAGGGUCUACACGUAUGAGAAAGCCAAAGAAAGGUUGAAGACUGCAAACCCCUUUCUCUCCGAUCAGUCUGCAGUGAUUCUGUUAGAGCGGGCGGUCAGAGAAGUCGAGGGAGGAUUUGUAUUUACCAGAGAUAUGAGAAUUAACCUGAAAAACAUUGUGAGUAAUAGUAUGGAGCUGUGCCUCCACAUGCUGUCACUAGUUGAAGCCCCAGUGAUGAUAGUGCUGGCAAACGACGGCCUGUACAAAAUAUUUAUUCUGCCCGAUGGAUAUAUUGAUACGAUUCGGAAAGGCUGGACUGAUCAAAAUGCCACCAUUGUUGAUGUAGAAGGGGAUCAUCAUAUUCACCUGAACAAACCUGAGGCCGUGGCCUCCGUAAUCACUGAUUUUCUUCAGUCACACGGCCCUGACAAUAACCAGUCUUCCAAAUUAUAGCACACACAUGCUAAUUUAAAUAAUGAAAAGGCCUAUACUGAGUCAUAAUAUUCAUACCGUUGACCGCUUCUUUUUACUGUAAUGCUUUAAGCAUCACAAACCUAUUUCUUUCUCUUUUUUUCAGUUUAAAAUAGGUGUUUUAUUUGAAAACGUUCAGAACAAUUUGAGAAUUUUGCACUGUCCGUUUGCCUUCCGUUUUUAAGAAGAAAUUAAGUCCGUGCUGAUGGAAAUCUCGUUCACACCUCAUAGUAGGUAUGGUGCUUCUGUUAUAUUGGCAAAAUACAAAUGCUGCUGCUGACAAACACUGACCGAGGUUAGUGCUGAAUCACUUUAUGCAUUACCGGAUUUAAAAGAAGCCGCCUAUAUGUGAUGCACAUACAAGUUUUUUAAAAACGUGUUAUUAAGUAUUAACUAAAACAUGUGUUAAUUUUUACUUUUGUUUUGAUGAAGCAAAACUAAACAUUAAAGUGUAAAAUUAAA